GACAAUUAAAGUAGAAGUGUACGACUGGGAUAGAGAUGGAAGCCACGACUUCAUCGGAGAAUUCACAACAAGUUACAGAGAGUUGUCGAGAGGGCAAUCUCAGUUCAACGUGUAUGAGGUAAUAAAUCCAAAGAAAAAGGGAAAAAAGAAAAAGUAUGUUAAUUCUGGAACAGUAACAUUGCUUUCCUUCCUAAUUGAAACAGAAGUUUCAUUCCUUGACUAUAUUAAAGGCGGAACCCAAAUCAAUUUCACAGUAGCUAUUGAUUUCACAGCCUCAAAUGGUAACCCUUCACAGCCUACUUCGUUGCACUACAUGAAUCCCUAUCAGCUGAAUGCUUAUGGCAUGGCACUGAAAGCAGUAGGUGAAAUAAUUCAGGACUAUGAUAGUGAUAAAAUGUUCCCAGCUCUAGGUUUUGGAGCUAGACUGCCUCCAGAUGGAAGAGUAUCACAUGAAUUUGCACUGAAUGGAAACCCUCAAAAUCCAUACUGCCAUGGCAUUGAUGGUGUAAUGGAGGCAUAUUACAGGAGUCUGAAAUCUGUACAGCUUUAUGGACCAACAAACUUUGCCCCUGUAAUUAAUCAUGUAGCCAGAUAUGCUGCUUCAGUAAAAGAUGGCUCCCAGUAUUUUGUUCUUCUCAUUAUUACAGAUGGAGUUAUUUCUGAUAUGGCUCAGACGAAAGAAUCCAUAGUGAAUGCUUCAAAGCUUCCAAUGUCAAUAAUUAUAGUGGGGGUAGGACCAGCAGAGUUUGAUGCUAUGGAAGAACUGGAUGGUGAUGUAGUGAGGAUUUCUUCAAGAGGGAAAUUUGCAGAAAGAGACAUUGUGCAGUUUGUGCCGUUCCGAGAUUACAUUGACAGAAGUGGAAACCACGUGUUAAGCAUGGCAAGACUUGCUAAAGAUGUUUUAGCUGAGAUCCCAGAGCAGUUUCUGUCCUACAUGAGAGUCAGAGGAAUAAAGCCAUCACCUGCCCCACCACCCUAUACACCCCCAAUUCACGUGUUGCAGACUCAGAUAUGACUGCUCGGAAGUGCUUAGCAUUUGUCACAAGUCAAGAGUCUCUGGAUGCAGCAGUAGCUUCUCUGAUAACUUUUUGAAGCUAGAAAAAUUCUCUUCACGUACCAAAAUUCACCUAUGGUUGCAUGAGCAACUGGAAAGCUUUUAAAUGAUAGGAGCGAAAUGUUAAUGUUCUCUCUGAGUCUUUUUUUUUUUUAAUAAAAAACCGUAAUUUUUGAUGUAUUUAUUGGAGGGGAAAGCACAAGUCAGGAUUUCAACUCAGAAGAUAUUGUCCUCUCUGAAUACUGUGUGUAUAUAAAUGUAUAGGAAUGCUAUUACUCUGUAUCAAUGUUUACAUGUUACUAUUUUUAAAUUUCAGUACUUUUAUAACUAUUCUUAAGAAUAAAAGUUUGGAAUAUUGACUCACAUGUCUUCUAGCUUGCAAUAGUUUGUCACAAGAGAAGCAAUAUCUCUUUGAAUGUUUGUCCAGACAAAUAGAAAUGAAAGCUAAGAAAAGGACAAAUAUAUGUGUUUUCCAAUACCUGAAUUGCUUCAAUCAGUGCUCAGUAAUCCAUUCAUCUCACAGUUUGAGACUAAACUCCUAAAAU